CGUGGAAAAUAACUUAAAUCGUGUUGCACAGGUGUUUAUUGUGCGACAAAAUCUACGCUAGAAUUUGUCGACAUAAAAAGGAGCAGUGGCUCACUGGCAUUGUGCAUCCGUUUAGCCUGGAAGCAGAGCGCAUUCAACAGUGAUUACGUUUAACUUGUACAGUGUUGUGCCCACAGUUUGCGACGCAAAGUUCUUGUAGGGUGGUGCGGAUUUUGUCCAAAGGAAUUGCGCCUCCCCUGCACCCCCUCUCUCUCUCUACAGUUUCCGCCCUGCAAGUCGUCAGGGCGACUUCAAAGUGACUUCAACCCCUUUACCGAGGCGGUGGUGGUGGCAGCAGUAGUAGUGUACUACAGCUCGUCCAAGUAGCGAGCGUACGCCCGUAACCCUGGAUACCGAAAUGAUGAAAAUGGAAACGGACAAAAUCAUGGACGACGGGAUCAGCAAUUCACAGUACACCACCCAGAUACUGUACGAUCCGGCACGAAAGAAAGAACCGUCACCGACGUUUCAAACCGAGCGCGAUACCUGUCUAUCGUACUUCUCCAAAUGGAACGAGGCCAACCAGGUGGACUUUGUCGAACAGCUUCUCUCCCGCAUGUGCCAUUACCAGCACGGACACAUCAACGCCUACCUGAAACCGAUGCUCCAGCGAGACUUCAUCACACUGCUGCCCACAAAAGGAUUAGACCACGUGGCAGAAAACAUUCUCUCCUAUUUGGACGCCAAGUCGCUGUGCCGGGCGGAGCGCGUUUGCAAAGAAUGGUCCCGCGUCAUCUCGGAAGGUAUGCUAUGGAAGAAGCUAAUCGAACGAAAUGUCCGCACCGAUUCCCUAUGGCGGGGGUUAGCAGAACGCAAAGGAUGGAUCAAAUAUUUAUUCAUACCGAGGCCGGGCGUGACGCUGCGACAACACAAAUUCUACCGCGAACUGUUCCCCAAGAUCAUGAAGGACAUCGAAGCGAUCGAGAACAACUGGCGCACGGGCAAUCACAAUCUUCAGCGAAUAAACUGCCGGUCAGAGAAUUCGAAGGGCGUCUAUUGUCUGCAGUACGAUGACGAUAAAAUUGUGUCCGGUCUAAGGGAUAAUACUAUCAAGAUCUGGAGCCGUUCGACGCUCCAGUGUUGCAUGAUCCUGACGGGGCACACUGGAUCGGUGCUUUGCCUACAGUACGACGAUAAGGUCAUUAUUAGCGGGUCAAGCGAUUCGACGGUGCGCGUGUGGGACGUGAACACGGGCGAAAUGGUCAACACCCUAAUACAUCACUGUGAGGCGGUACUGCAUCUGCGUUUCAACAACGGCAUGAUGGUAACCUGUUCAAAGGAUCGUUCGAUCGCCGUGUGGGACAUGGUUUCACCGACGGAAAUUGGGCUACGGCGCGUACUGGUCGGGCACCGGGCCGCAGUGAACGUGGUUGACUUUGACGAAAAGUACAUCGUGUCGGCAUCCGGCGACCGUACGAUCAAGGUGUGGAACUCGACGAACUGUGAGUUUUUGCGCACGCUGAACGGCCACAAACGGGGUAUCGCCUGCUUACAGUAUCGCGACCGGUUAGUGGUCAGUGGUAGUUCAGAUAAUUCGAUAAGACUAUGGGACAUCGAGUGUGGUACCUGUUUGCGAAUCCUCGAGGGCCACGAAGAGCUCGUUCGUUGCAUUCGGUUCGAUUCGAAACGCAUCGUUAGCGGGGCGUACGAUGGCAAAAUCAAAGUGUGGGAUCUCCAAGCUGCCUUAGACAUUCGAGCACAAACUAACACAUUGUGUUUGAAAACGUUGGUGGAACAUACCGGUCGCGUAUUCCGGUUGCAAUUCGAUGAAUUCCAGAUCGUGAGCAGUUCGCACGACGAUACCAUCCUGAUAUGGGAUUUCCUUAACUGUUCGCCCCAGGAGGAAACGACCGCCCCAUCAUCCGGUGGUAGCAUCGGUCCGAGUAACCAUCACAAUAACAGUGGAAGCAGCAGCGGUAGUGGCUCCAUCGGUGGCAUACCCGGAUACGGUGGCGUGAUGGGUUUGGCCGCUGGUGGUGUAGGCGGUGGCGGUGGCGGCGGCGGCGGUGGCGGCGGUGCAGAUGGUGGCGGAAGCAGCAGCAGUGGCGGUGGAGGAGGCGGCGGCGGUGGCAACCUAAACAGCAGUCUUGUACUGCAAAACAAGACAAACAACAAUGGUGCCGCCAACAACAACCAUCAGAACGAUGAUCUGAGCGAUUAAACUGAUAUCUUUGGAGUUUGCUGAGUGGGGAUGCUGUGCGGUAGAAGAUAUGGACUUACACUCAGCCUUCUCAAAUGCGCGCGUGAUCUUAGGGUUUUUGUCUAUCUUUGUUUACAAACCACACACACACAGACUCUUCACAUAUACAUACGAGACGCAGUGAUAGGCUCUUUCUCUCUUUCUUUUCAAUGUUCCGACCCCUUGCAACCCUUUGCUAUUAAGCUUACGAAAGUUUGGUUUCUGCUACUUUCUUUCUUUUUGUCAAUUUGUUUGAAAACAAAAGGUUCGCUUGACGUGUAGGCCACCUUCCCCCGUUUGAGUCCCCGGGCGGUCAACCGAUAUUUAUUUCGAAUUAUACAAACUUGUACUAUGGCUUGAGCAGAGAAUAUGGAAAAUUGCGUGGCUUAUACACUUGCAUAACAAUCGUGCAGCAUAAAAUAAAAAGAGUAAUUUAAUUUGUAAGAAACACAGUCAGGUCGUUUCCUGAAUAGGAAGAUGAUAGUGCACCUUGGCGAGUAUAGGAGAAAGUUCCGGGAUGAUGUAUUUAAGCAAUGGCACUUGUGGCCUUUUGCAUGACAAGGAAGAAAUUCAAGAUAAACCCCAACGUUUUCACUCCGUAGCUCGAUUGUUGUUAUAGACCACGGUUAAUUUAUUGACAAAAGUACACGUUCUCGCCAAUUUGGUACCAAUGCUAUUAGUAAAACUAAAGCCAUUUUGUGCCGUGAUUCUCUCCGACAUGCAGACAGACGUGCGUGAUGAUGAUGACAAAAUAGCAUUGAUCUCGAUAGGAUGUCACGGGGCCGCGUUUUCUGUUCCCUGUUUGCGCGUAACAAAGCUUCUAAUGAACCGACUAAACUGGCAAAACGGAGCAAAAUGUUGCACAUUAUAUAACGAGAGAAUGAUCGAAUGCAGAAGGAUAGUGUAACACAUCUCGAAAACACAUCCAUCAGCCCCUUUUCCCCACCUUCAAGCACCUUUUCUACGGACUACGAUGUGAUGGAAGAACAGAGCAAACAGAACUGAUGCAUUACCAAGUAGCGACAAAACCAUAUGUAGCAGUAAAGUUUAAAUAAAACCGGAAGAAAAACACAAACUAUAUCAACAGCUAAAAACGAACCAUAAGCGCAACUCCGAAAAAUGAAAAAUUUUAGGAUUGGAAAGUGUAACAUUAAAAAAACAACAACAAAACCCCUACGUAUCUACUAACAAAGGACACACUCCAGACAACAGGCUCGUCCGUAUUUGAUCUGUUCGUGUAUAUGCCGGGUGUAUUGGUGCUGUUUUGCAAAUGUCCUGCAUUCAUUGAUAAAAAUGUGGUUAACAUAAAGAAUUGAAAUUUCGUUUCUUCAUUUCGUGUGCGUGGGGAAGUGUGAGAAAUCAUCAGAAUCAGAUCAGAAAAUCAAUAACCGAAAGUGUUCAUAUUAGCGAUGUGUUUUGGUGAAUUGGAUACGUACCUACUAGAUGUGACAUGAAAGCACUGAUAUGCGUUUGCUAGGAUGUUGAAGAAAACAGGAUCACGUAAAGCAACUUGAUCUGUUCGUAGCGUUUAGUUCGUGUGUAACCCUGCUGCACAGUGUGCUGAAUGUUUGAAAGAUGUGAAUUAUCUACCACCGGAACCGUUGGUUGUUCUGGUCCUGCCGGUCCAGGAAAGAAACACAGAAGGCGGCGAUUUCUGAGAGUAAAACGAUAACGAAGUAGUUGUUUACACGUUCAAAUUAGACAGAAGAAAUGCAGGCUGUUCGAAAAGAUAGACAGUGGGAUUGCGAUGUACAUUGGUGUGAUGGAAUGGCUGAAGAUAAUGGUCAAGCAUGUCAUGGUUAGCAGGGGACGAAAUAGAAAGGUUGAAGGAUGCUCCCUGCUGCAACGGGGAUACUGCUGGAGCACAGGGUUGAGAAGAAACGCGACCUGUUACUAUAAUUAUAACAAUUAGUAUCAUUUUCGAAAACUUUCUUUAGCACGAAUUAUUAUCACUAUGAUCAUUAUGCAGUUUUUUUUUAAAUUAGUGUACGGCUUAGAUAUUCCUGCAGAGAGGAUAAUCCCAUGGAAAAGUUUAUUCUUAUUAUUUUAGACAACUAUUGGUCCCCGGUUUAUAUCAGAAGCCUUGUGUGAUGGGGAUUAUGUGUGAGAGAAAGAAAGCUAAACAUUGUGCUCGUAACAGAUAAACGAAACAAACCAAUAUCACCCAAACAACAGUGCAACAGUUUGAAAUACACAUAGGCAAUACUAAACAAAACGCGAACACAAAUUAGCAAAACAACAAAAAGGAAACAAAACUUAACACAAACGAAACAAAAAAGUGGGAUAUAAAGAAGUAAAAAAUCAUAUAUUUAUUACAUACUGGCUAAUUAAUUGAACAGUGGAUCUGAAAUCUACAGGAGGAUGGAAACAAAACAAGGAAAGGAAAAAAAUCUACGCAUAUUAUUAUGGUAAAUCUAAUCGAACUACAUCCUUCUUAUCCGUUAAACAAACGCAAAGAAACAAGAUAAAUGCAGGAGAAAGCGAGAGAGGGAGCGAGAUGUUUGAGGCUCGUUCGAUGGAAGCCACGUGUUUAUGUGAUGAAAUAUGUAAUGUUUUAGCAAAAGAAAAAGCAAAGUUAAUAAAUUUAAAUUUAAAUCAAACGAGAAAAAUGGCUCUCUGAUGAACGAUUAAGUAAAGCAAGGUGCGUAGAGGGGAAUGAAAAAGAAUGCGUGUAAAGAAAUAAUAACAAAACACCCAACACCCUGCAACAAGGGUGUGGUGUGUAUUGAAAUGAGAAAGGAAACAACCAUCCCUGUACGCGGUCUUAACAAUAGUGUUAACGGGAAGACAGAAGCUCUGGAUAGGCAGGUGAUAGUACCGCAAGGAACACAAGUUUCGUGUAAAACGCUUGGUGGUAA